UGAGAACUAGCUCUACCAAAUAAGAGGGCGCUGCAAGUAGGAAGUGAGCGAUCGAAGAAACAUAAAUUUAUUUUGUAUUUAGAAAUAUAUAUUAUUGUGGAAUCCUUUACAUCUUUAUGCAGCAUGAUGUAGCUGCUAGUCUGCUUUUUCCUCCUCACUGAUAGAGAGAGAGAGAUAUGAGUUUUAUGCAGCGGUUGAUAGGAAGUCGGGGCGGAGGUGCAGCCCAGACUGACCCCAACUCCCGGCCCCAGGACACCAGCCUCGGUCUGAUGCACCUACGCAAACUGUUCACAGAGUUCAAGCAUCCAGCCACAGAAUACACUCAGAAAGACCAAGAGGAGAAGCUGUACAAGAUGCUGCCCAUCUUCUGCAAGAUAUUUGGUAAUGUGCCAGCAAACUCAAUGCAGGAGAAGUUUAGUGACAUUCUGCAGUUCUGUUCUCAUGUGUCCAAGCUGAUGGUGACUGAAGUCAGGAGACGGGCCUCUAACCAGUCCACAGAGGAGGCGAGCUGUGCCAUUGUGAAGUUCCUGGAGAUAGAGUCUACGGAGGAGUCGAGUGCGGGCUGGAUGCUGCUCACCUCCAUCAACCUACUGUCUGUUGGUACCCAGGCCCUCAUUGACUGUAUGACGGCGGCCUCCCUCCCAUCCACACUGGUCAAGUGUCUCUACCUGUUUUUUGACCUUCCUGAACUCGUUAACGCUGAAGCCCUGGAGGAAGGGUGUGAGUUUACACCUCAGGAGAGAAGGGUUCUGCUACAGAAAGUCUUUGUACAGGUGCUUGUUCGACUGUGCAACCAGCCAUCCCCAGCGGAAGAGCUAGCGAGGAAGGAUGACCUGAGCCUACUUUUUAGUGCUAUCACAAGCUGGUGCCCUACCCACAAUGUUGUGUGGAGGACUAGUGCAGGGGAGGUCCUUGUCACCCUCUCGAGACACGGCCUAACUAACAGUGUUACCAAGUACAUACAUGACAAGGGUUGUGUGCGUCACUGUGUGGAGAACAUGCAGCGAGCGCAGGAUUUAUCUCCCCUGGACCUGGUGGAAAUGUUUGUGACUGUGUUCUGCUUCCUGAAGGAUUCCAGCGAGGUGUCACAUGUUCUCCUUGACGACUUCAAGUCCUGCCAGGGAUACACUUACCUGUCAGAGUUUAUACUCAGAUUGGAGUUAGAUGUGAGUGAGGAGUCUGUGCAGGCACUACGGAACCUUGUGCUGCUGGUGGGCUCCCUCACAACCUGCGGAUACGCUGAAAUCAAACCAUCCACCGCUGCCACUGGCUCCAUCUACCAGAUACCUGGCUUCACUCUCCCACAGCCUGCUGGUAAAGGUGAGCACAAUUGGUGUACAUUAUCUGUUUUGAGAGACCAUGUGUUUAUAGUGUGCAAGCACCCUUGUAAUGUGUGAUUGAAAGUUUGGUUUACAUGUUCAAAGAAAUAAUAUGCUUGUUUUAGAGUUUGUUUUGGCUGUAAUCAUUUGAAUUUUAUUUCAUUAGGAAAUAGAACUUAGAUGACAUGCAGUAACAUUUUAAUGAUAAAAAUGGGUGGAGUGGGCACAGCAAAUGAGCCCUUCUUAAUCAUUAAAAUAUCACUUUAGGUCAUCUAAAUGUUUAAGAAUACAACCACAUUGUUAAUGCAAAUUCUGACGGAGGGAUUGUGUAUUAAUUGAGUGGCAGAAGGCAGACCUAUAAAUACCUGUGAAAGUUGAAAAUUUUAAUGAUUAAGCCUAGUACUUGAUUAAUGAUUUCCUUUCUGCAAUUUCAUUGGCUGAAAUUGUAGGUUGUGUUCUCAUUGCAAUUUAUUGAAUUGUGUAAAUGAUUGUGAAAAGGGCAGUCCUGUACUAAAGAAGAAAGGAUAAUUUUGAUUAAAAAUGCAUCAUGAUUUUAUCGUUUUAAUAAUUGUCUGCAUGUUGUAAAUAAUCAGUAGUCUCCCAUUUUCUAUUACAGUUGUGAGAAUGUUUUGUAAGCAACAGUGGAAGCCCAGGUUAACUUAUGGCUCCAAAAAUCACUCCAGACAGUCUUAUAUUUCAAAUAGUUCAUAUCCAACUUGUUUUAAAACCGUGUCAUUUC